UCAAGACGUCACUCAAAAACUCGAAACUCACCCAAAUUAUCGAUUGAAUCAAGCCAUCCCAGGGAGGAGACCAUGUCAGAUCAAGAUGAUACUCUGUUGGACGAAGACCUCGGCGACGAAGAGUACGACCUAGGGAACGACGAGGAAGAGGCCCUCCUGGCUGACGACUAUGAAAUCGAUAGGCAGAAUAGCUAUAAGGGAGAAGAGGAAACAGACGAUGUGCUGGAUUUAGGAGUGACCGAUGCCCUCGACGAUUUAGAGGGUGAAGAUGAUAAUGUCGAGUAUAGGAACGAGACUGAUAGCCAUAACCAAAGUCAUUAUAAUGACGAACAUAUUGAUAAUCGUGGAAAUUAUUACGAUGAACGUCGGCGUGAUUAUGACGAGCAGAAUCAGAUGAAUCCGGGGAUGGGGGAUUUGAGGGAGAAAUUACUCAAGAGGGACAUCGGUGGAAAUGGACAGAUUGGGGAGGAGGACGAUUGCGAGGAGGCGAGGGACAGACGGAAUCGCUUUCAGACUGAGAGAACUAUGAUAUCACCCAAGAUGAAUAGUGAUAUUCCGGAUUCUUUGGAGAGUGUUGUCACUGCUGAACAGAAUAGACCUGUUUUCAGGGGCAGGGGCAGGGGACGAGGAAUUGUCAGGGGCAUCAGGGGUGGAAGAUAUCCUGGCAAUAUCGGAAAUUAUAAUCCAAGGUUUAUGUCUCGAGGUCCAUUUGAAGAGCAGAAGCCGCAGUUCAGACCACCACUGCAAGACACCCGUCACUUUCAAAACGGUCCAUCAAACAUAAUGUCCCCGCAGAUGAUGUACCCCCAGGACAAUCAGUUCCAGCAAUUUGCUCCAGGGCCCCGAGGUCCCCGUCCCCACUUCAACGAGCCCCGCCAUUUUACUCCCAACCAAUUCCCAGGUCCACCCCGCCACCAGAAUCCCCCAAUGGACUUCAGAGCCCGAAUGCCAAUGCCAGGAGGUCCUGGUCCACGUUUCAACGGUCCAAUGAAUCCCGGAUUUAUCCCGAACCAGCACUUCCCAAGGCCCCAGCACGAUCAAGACAUGCCAGGACGUCAACUGAUGCCCCCAGGUCCCAUGAUGAGUAACGUACACCCUGGGCCACCCAUGCCAGGUCCCCAGGUGCCACCCAUGCACCCCCCACAUCCACCAAUGAUCCAGGGACAGCCCGAGGGACCCAUCCCUCCCUUCAGACCCCCAGGACCCAGUCAGAUGCCUCACCAGGCACCUCAUCUCCAUCAGAAUCUUCCCAUGGGACAACCCAGCUUCGAGCCUCGUCAGCCGUUCCAGGAACCCCCCUGGGACCCCAGGAACAUGUACGAUGGCAGACCUGGGUACAACAAUAAUCAAACUGUUGGACAAUUUAAUCCUCCAGUCAUCCACCAGCAGCCAGUGCCCAGUGUCCAGAUCCCCCAAAAAAUUCUCAUCAAUCCACAUUUUCGGGGGAACUCCCAACAGACGAGUGAAGGAAGGCCUUGGGAUAAUGCUCCACAACCCCCAGUCAUUCAUUCGCACUCGAAUGAACAAUUUGGACCGAAUUCUGGUCCAUAUCCUGGCCAGUCUCAGUUCAAUGCCUCCGCGAGUCAAGAUAAUUCACAGGAUUAUCAGAAAAAUUAUGCUCAAAACAAAAAUGAUGAUCCGUACGCAUAUUUCUCGGACGUCUGGCAGGAGAACAAGGCGAAACCCAGGAGUUCAAGUCCCUCCAAGAGUUACUCUGGGGACAGUAAUUACGGACGUGAUAGCAGCUACAGAGAUUAUGAUAAAUAUAAAUCUGAUAGCAGAGAUCCUUAUCCGGAGGAUCAAAGAUAUCGAGAUAGAAGUCCACCUCCCCGAUCGAGAGAUCCUCCACCUCGAUCUCGACCCCCUCCACCGAGCAAUAGCUAUCACAAUGACUCCUACGAUCAGAGAUCGAGAGCACCGAGUUCAUCGAAUCGUCCAGCCCCCAGACUUGGCCAGAAACGAAGUCCAGAGCCUCAAAACAGAGGACGUGAGGUCAGUCCCAAAAGAAUGCGACCACCUAGAAAUACCAGUGACAAUCGGCCAGAGGCCAACGAUCAUCAUAAAGACGUUCAGGAGGCAGAGAUGGAUCCUGAGGAACGUGAGUACAGGAAAAAAAUGGAGGAGCAGAAGCGCCUGCGUGAGAAGAUUCUCCAGGAGAAAGAGAAUCGGAGGAAACAGGCGGCACUCGAAAGACAAGGAGAUGAUCCCAAGGAACUCAAGAGCAGUGAUCAUCAGCCGGAGAACAAGUCGAUCUCAACCCUCGCUAAAGAUCUCUCAGAAACCACUGUAACUGCUAGACCGAGAAUUCGUGUCGCAGCUGGACAAGCUACAGAGGUAGAAAAACCAGUGAGAAUAGUGAGGACUGUGCAGGCACCUGAGAAGGCAGUAGCUGGAGAUAAUCAAUCCUCGAUGGAUGCAAAUCCCCAGGAGGCUGUACAAAAAGCCGUUCCAACUCGAAGAGUUGUUAUUCAGAAAUCACUGUCAGCUGCUCGAGUUGGCACUUCCAUCCAGAAGACUCAAGUCACUCCUCAAACUCCAACAGAGGCUGUGAUGAAGAAAGGACCUCUCCAGCUCCAGAAAAUAGCGGUUGGUGGAGUGAGAACUGUCGUCAAGGAGAGGCCACAAACCCUGAGGAAAGUCGUCGUCAGUGAGCCGAUAACUGGAGCAGUUAAAAAACCACCAGGAACAGUCCAGAGUAAUCGAGUUGUUCUCCAGAAGACAGUCCAGGUGAAGAGAAUCGCUGAGGGAAAAUCAAAUACCAUUUUGAUCGAGAAUUUAGCAGCUAGUACUUCAGAAACACAAAUUCGUCGGAUGUGCCAGGGAAUUGGAACUCUAGAGAGCAUUGUGAUGGGCGAGGGAACAGCAACAAUCGUAUUUAAAACCCAUUCAGCAGCAAUGGUCUUUCAUAAAAAAUAUCAGCGAAAAAUGAUCGAUCUAUCGAUGAUAAAUGUUAAAUUUCUGUCCCAGACUAGCUCGCAGCUGGCACCCGUUGCAAACACUCAAUAAAUUUUUCCAUCAUCAAUUAUCCAAUAUGAUUACGAAAUUAUAUUACCUUGUGCAUUUUUUUUUUUUGUAAACAAUACUGUAAUCGAUGAUGAAAUCAAUGAUACCACGUUUUGUAUAUAAACAAGUUAUGAAAAUCGA